GGUACGAAUUCGCGCUGGAAAAGACGCUCGUGGGGCAUCAAAGAUGGGUGUGGGACGCGGCUUUCAGUGCAGAUAGCGCCUAUCUCGUCACUGCCUCUUCGGAUCAUGUAGCCAGAUUAUGGGAAUUGGCGAGCGGAGAGACUGUGCGGCAGUACAAUGGGCACAACAAAGCGGUCGUCUGCUGCGCUCUCAACGAUUCACAGCUGGAACAAUGAGAUGCCCCAAUCCGGUUUCAUCAUGAGCGGAGUGGGGCCCAAAGAUUCUUCGGAGACCCGAGUUUGAUGCGACGGCGAUCUCUGCACAGGAUCAUGACGCGCACUGGAUUGAGAUUUGGCACGAUGUGCUGCCACUGUGGUGGGCCGUGCCCCUUGGCACUCGGCGUAGUCGGCCGCCUCCUCCUCUUCCUCCUCCCCGACUGCGCAGCUUGCCCACGUCACCCUGUCACAAAAGACUGUAGGCAAUGCGGCUGCGCCACACCUCGAAGGGAGAAGAUGCCCCAUCGAUCAUGCCGCCGAAGCUCCAUAUUACACUGCGCUCCCGAAGCGCGUUGGGCUCGGCAAUCUUCCGUUUCUGUCGUUUCGCCAGGGCCAGAUGUGGCUAAGACGUGUAUGCGCGCUCCUCCAGCAAACUCCACCAGGUCAGUGAAGUUCGCGCCUCGAUCUGACCGAAUAGUGACGACGCUCCGCCCGGGUGUCUUUCAUGGACUGUCUGCCAGAUUGCCCGCCUUAUGCUGAGCGUGGAUUCGAGAUGCGUGGCGAACAGCCAGGCACGUGAACGGAUGAUCGUCGUUUUUGAGGUUCGAC